UUGCAAGAAUCCCGUUUCAUAUGUGGUCCUAGAUACUUGUAGGUAUAUAGCAAUACUUUGGUCUCUCUGGAGGCAGACACAGUGUGCUCUCCUUGGAGCUGAGGUGACAGAGUGGCUGUUGGUCUGCAGUGCCUGGUGUCCUAGCAACAGCAUGGCCUGGCGCAGCUGCCAUGUUGAGGCCUGAGCCAGGCACUGUGGCAUUGCCACCCUCUGCGGUAGCCCUGGCUGCCAUCCAUCGCCUGCAGAGCCUGGAAAAACACAUGAAAAAUGAAGACUGUGCAUUCAGUGAGGAAAUUGUGCAGCACCUUGAAGACACUAUUGCUGCUAUUGAGAAAUUGGAAGAAAUGCGAAGGAAUACCAUUGAAUGCCUAGAAGAAGAGACUAUAAAAAACAGCAAGCUUCGCUUCAGAAUGCACAAUUUUCCAGGAGAGAUUGCUGCGGAGAUGACAGCUCUUGUUGCUGCGUCACGUGAAUCUAGUGCUGCUAAGAUGAAUCAGCUGCAGUCUGCAUUGAAAAACAUUGCUUAUGAAAUUGAAUUAUUGGAUGAGAAGCAAACCCUUUGUGAAAGGCAGAAUGCUGCACUGUGUGAGGAACAAAAGCGCCUGCAGACACAGCAUAAAGAAAAAGUGGACUUACUGAACGAAAGGAUGGCAACAAAAAUUAGCACAAAUGUGCUCUUACUUGAGAUUGAUCGUAAAACAAGAGCUACAGAAAGAGAGAUAAUCAGAACAAAGGCAGCAUUAGAAGAACUACAAGAAAAAAUAGCUGAAAAAAUGAGUCAGCUUGAGAAAGAGAUGGAAGAGUGUGAUAGAAAGGAAAAAACUUUGGCAAAAAAGCACAUGUUUGAAAACCUGAAUAUAAAAUUAUUGGACCUGCAACAUCUGAUAAACCUGAAUUCCACAGCAAUACAUGAUGAGGAAAUUCUCAUCACAAAACUGAAAGAAAAGAGGGAACAUUUGGAAAAAAAGAUGGAGCUCAAACAGGCAGACAUGGCAGCAGCCUUGGAAAAAAAAAAUCAGAUUGAUUCUGAGUUACUGCUUUCACAAUCAAAAAUUGCGCAAGAAAAAGAGGAUUUUGAUCAGGAACUUGAAAAGGCUAAUGAAUAUCUACAAAAUGCCGAAUGCCUGAACGACAAACUUAAAUUGGAAAACAAAGCUGUGCACCAGAAGUUUGAGCAAGCACUGGAAGAAGAAAAACACUGGGCCAGAAGAAGAGAUGAGAUGGAGGCAAAAUCGAGGAGGGUAUCUGUUCUGUUACAUGAGAAGAAUGAAUUUCUGGAAAAACUUGUGAUGAAAACGAAAAACAUGGAGAAGGAAACUGAACGUCUUGAAGGCAGCCUAUUAAUAUCCAAGGAAAGUAAUGCAAAGGAACUGGCAUCUUUAGAGCAAAAAUUGAAGGCAGAAAAUAAGAUGAGAGUGAUGCUUCAGUGGAAGCUACUGUACUUAGCAAAGCAAAGCAAACUCUUUUUUUUGGAGGAGGAGAAUAUAAGCAGAAGAAUGAAUAAAAGGAUAGAGACUGGUGAGAAAAGGCAUGCUGAGCUACUUCUGGAGACCAAAGAGCUUGAAAAAGAACUUCUUCAGUCUGAAAACCAAAUCAAAGUGCUGACUGAAGAAGCAAUAAAGAGAAAAAAUGAUUACAAGAGUUAUAAUGAAGAUUUUACUAAUAAAAUAAAAUAUCUGGAGGAUGACAUCAAAACUGCAAGUGAAAAUCUUCUUACAAUAGAACACAAGUUUAAGGUGAGCAGGCUAACUUUGGAAGAAACCCAGAAGGAAAGAGAAGAGAAGCAUGCAGAAUACGAAGAGUUGAGGAAAUCAUUUUUGAAAAAGAAAGAUGAAGAGUUACAAAUCCAAAGAGCCAUUCGGAAAUCAAUCAAGACUACUGAGAUGCUCAAGAAGGAAAUUCUGGAGCUACAGAAGCAACUGUGCAUCAAGCGUGAUGCUGCAGUCAGCCAGCUGAAGCAUCAAACUGAGAGUAUGAAGUUGCUGGAAAGAGACAUCUAUGAGAUCAACAGAAAGCUUGACAUAGUGAACACCGAGAACUGCAGAUUCAAAGUAUGCAAUGCACAGAUGAAAGAAGAUAUCUUGGCAAUGAAUUCUGAGGCAGAAGGCCACCAGUCAGCAAUAGUGAAAAUUGGGAAUGACCUGGCAGUGCUUCAUGGUUUUCUUCUGGAGAGAUGGUCAGAGGACAGCUCUAUUCAGAAGGAAUUUCUAGAGAAUGAGCAGGAAAUUCUGAAUGCAGUGACAGCCCUACUAAGAAAAAUCCAGCAUCGAGAGGAAAAGAUUGGUGACAUUAACAGCAGGCUACGAAAUAGUCUGGAAGAAAUGGAUUCUCUGCUUGAAAAAAAAUCUAGAAUGGAUGAUGAUGAAUCAGAUGCAGUGAAGAAUAAGUGA